GAAAACAGCCUGUUGGCCUUGGCGGUGCGCAGCGUGGUAUAUAAGAGAGUGCAGCGGCAGAGCAGAGCACAGUCGAAGCUGGUCCUCCACACCUGGUCGACAUGAAGAUCGCGGCUGUAGUAGCAGUUGUUGCGGGCUUCUGCCUCCUAGCAGUGAGCGGUGAGCCCGAGCCUGAGGCUGUUGCUGGCUACGUGGGAGGGCAUCACUCAUACCACCCAGUUGUCGUGCACCCCGGGCACUACGGUCGUAACCGCUACGGGAGGAGCGCCGACCCCGAGCCAGAGGCCGAAGCUGAGCCUAGCUUCAGAUCCCGUGGCUGGGGUUACCAGAGCCGCCCUUACUACCACAGCUAUUCACGUCUCCACAAGAGGAGCGCCGACCCCGAGCCAGAGGCCGAAGCUGAGCCUAGCUUCAGAUCCCGUGGCUGGGGUUACCAGAGCCGCCCUUACUACCACAGCUAUUCACAUCUCCACAAGAGGAGCGCCGACCCCGAGCCAGAGGCCGAAGCUGAGCCUAGCUUCAGAUCCCGUGGCUGGGGUUACCAGAGCCGCCCUUACUACCAUAGCUAUUCACGUCUCCACAAGAGGAGCGCCGAUCCCGAGCCAGAGGCCGAAGCUGAGCCUAGCUUCAGAUCCCGUGGCUGGGGUUACCAGAGCCGCCCUUACUACCAUAGCUAUUCACGUCUCCACAAGAGGAGCGCCGACCCCGAGCCAGAGGCCGAAGCUGAGCCUAGCUUCAGAUCCCGUGGCUGGGGUUACCAGAGCCGCCCUUACUACCACAGCUAUUCACAUCUCCACAAGAGGAGCGCCGACCCCGAGCCAGAGGCCGAAGCUGAGCCUAGCUUCAGAUCCCGUGGCUGGGGUUACCAGAGCCGCCCUUACUACCACAGCUAUUCACAUCUCCACAAGAGGAGCGCCGACCCCGAGCCAGAGGCCGAAGCUGAGCCUAGCUUCAGAUCCCGUGGCUGGGGUUACCAGAGCCGCCCUUACUACCACAGCUAUUCACAUCUCCACAAGAGGAGCGCCGACCCCGAGCCAGAGGCCGAAGCUGAGCCUAGCUUCAGAUCCCGUGGCUGGGGUUACCAGAGCCGCCCUUACUACUCUCGCGGCUAUGGAGGUUACGGUUAUUAAGGCGUCGUCGACUGUUCAACCAAUGUAAACAAAUACAUCAAAUAAAAAAAUCGCUCCUC